AGCAACAAAGGAUGGAACGCGCAGCCACAAUAGAGAUCACCAUCGUCUCCGCGGAAGAGCUCCGCCGUCUGGGGAACACCCCCACCUUCGUGGCGGUCCGUCCCGGCGUAGGCGGCGAUGUUCGUAGUAGCCAAACCGUCGUCACGGGCAUUGACUGCGGCGGCGGCAGGUAUCCGCGCUGGAACGAGAAGAUGCGACUGGCGCUCCCUCCGUCGUCGCGGUCGAUAACGGUGGAGGUCUGCUGCAGGCCCCGCGGCGGCGGGCGUGCGCGGCGCGUGGCGGCGGCGGAGGUUCCGGUGUCGGAUUUCCGGUGGCCGGAGGACUACUUGCACUUGCUUAGCUACAGGCUGAGGGAGGCCGAUGGGAGGGGGAAUGGGAUCGUCAAUUUCUCUGUUAGGGUUCUUGGUGAAGGUGAUCGUGAGUGCACCAAUAAACCACAGGGCGGGUUUGUGACCGUCGGUUAUCCUGUUGAUUAUUAAUCAGUUAAAUAUUGCUUGAUUAUAAUUAGUUAAAUAUGGUUCUCAAAUAAUUUUCAUUAUCCGUUCCCUUUUAUAGUCUUUAUCAAGUAAUUGCGAUAUUAAAAUUUAAAA